AUGGAAAACCCUCCUGAUACGAGGCUUGAUUUCCUCGGUAACUUCGUUCAAAAGACAUUGAAGCUUAAGCCAGAAAAAUGGGCACGACUAUUGGCAACAGAGGAACUGAAAGUUGUUGUCAUGGAAUUUCUUGAUAAGCCAGAGACAAUUGUCCUUAUUAUCCUACAGAAUGCUGCAGCUCAGCUGAUUCCAUCUACUACUUUCCCAGUCAAUCUCAAGAGCAAGGCAGCCUACUUCAUCAAGAAGUCUAAACUGGUCGUACCAAAGGAGAAUCUGAGUGAAGUUUUGAUACUCGGUGACUUGGCCACUAAACCCAUCGAACAGCUCGCCGUCCUGGUUGAUGAGAUAUUCGUUCCUCUGCUGUCCAACCCAAGCAACCACAAGAACUGGCCGCCGGUGGUAGCACAGGACGUGUCGCAACAUGUCCACUCUCUCAAGAGCACGGUACAUCAGGUGAGAGGUCAGGUGUUGGGACAGACUGUACUGCCGAUGCCCGUCGGCAUAGAGCGAGUCCAUGAAGCUGAACGAGAACUGGUCGAGAGCAACGGAGAAAUUGUUGAUUUGUACCUCAAGUCAGCAAUAGAAGGUGUGAUAAUCAAAUGGGCCACUCAGAUCAAUGACAUACUAACUGAAGAAAGCGGACAAGCGUUUGCCAACGGACAAAAUCCAACACCUAUUGCAGAAAUCACCUUCUGGGAAGGAAGACUACGGAACCUUCAGUUCAUCUAUGAACAACUCCGAGAUGAAAGGGUGUGGAAGAUGGCUGUUAUUCUAGAGCGAACAGACAGCGCUUACUUCCCCUGCUUCAAGAACAUUUUUCGUAACAUUGUUGCUGCCCUGACAGAGGCUAAAGAUAUCUGCAAGUUCCUGAAGCCGCUGGCCAAACACUUCACGACGCUGGAGGAGACAGACUUUUCCGAUGUCGCCCCUUGUCUCAAACCUCUGAUGCACGUUGUGUGCCUGGUGUGGGCAAACUCCCGCUACUACUGCAACUCUGGGAAAAUCAUCAUUCUGCUGAAGGAGAUCUGCAAUCUCAUCAUCCACCAGGCAAAACGAUAUUUGGAUCCUUCGUCAAUAUUUCAAACAGAUGUUGAUGAAGCGAAGCAAAGAGUUCAGUUGUCAAUAACGAUAAUGAAGACAUUCAGGGAAAUAUUUGACGAGUACAAAGACAACCUUAUUCCGUUCUUCAAGGAUCGUCAACCUCAACUAUGGACAUUCCAUCCGAACGUGAUCUUUGCACGAUUUCAACUAUUUCUUGACAGGCUGCAUACCAUCCAGUGGUUCUUCGACACAGUCCUGGAGUUCAUGAAGCUGGAGCGUGUGGAGAUCGGAGGGUUGAAAGGACGGGCUCUCAGCUCCAGGAUUCUCCAGGUUUCUCGGGAGUUUAACGAUCACUUUACCGUUUUUGCCAGCAAGACUUACGACGUCCUAGAUCCUGAGGAUCCUUCCUUCCUCAUUGACUACGAGGCCUUCCAAGGUAACAUUGAGGAUUUGGAUCGUAGACUUGCCUCCAUUCUGUGUCAGGCGUUUGACGACUGCUCCAACCUUGAGAGCGUCUUUAAGUUAAUUGAGAUUGUUGGCUCGGUACUGGAGCGACCUCUGAUCAAAGAUGAGUUCACUGGGAAAUAUCAACUGAUUGUCAACAUGCUAGAACACGAAAUGUCUACUUCAGAGGAAUUGUUCAAUGAGCAGAUGGAAGAGUUCAUGACGACAGGCCGGAUGCCGGUGGCCAAAAACAUGCCUCCUGUGGCUGGCGCAUUACAAUGGACGGCUCAGCUACGCCAACGCAUCACGCUGCCCAUACAUAGCUUCAAGAGUCUCGACCAUGUGAUCGUCCAGUCGCCAGAUGCCCAGGCUGUGCUAGAGAGAUACGAGGCCCUGAUGGCACUUCUGGCGGAGUUUGACCAGCGAUUGUUUUCAGAGUGGGCUAAUUGUAUUCCAUCGCAGAUAGUUCGAAAUCUCAAACGAUCUUUACUCACUCGAACCAAGAACAACAGUGAACUGUUGCUCAACUUUCAUAACCAGCUCACAGCAAUUUUACGAGAGGUGCAUUAUCUUCAACUUGCGGAAAAAGAAGAAAUACCUGAAGAAGCGUUGAAGCUCUAUGAGAAAAGAGAUGUUUUUAGAAAGUACACCGUGCAACUCAAUUUGACAAUCGACUGGUACAACAAAGUGAGGAAGCACAGUAGAGAAGUUGAGUUUGAGUUAGUCAGGGAACAAGUAGAUGAGAUCGACCAACUCAUACAGAAAGGCCAAAAAGAGCUGGAUUGGAACUCAGACAACCUAUGGCAGUUCAUCGAGCGACUGAACGCUCUCGUAGAGGAGCUACAAGGUAGGAUUCAGAAGACACAAGUCAACGUACAACAGAUGGAGGCUGUGAUGAGCACUUGGCGCAAACAUCCUCUAUUUGAGCGCAAGGACGGGAAGAAGGACACCUUACUGUUCAUUGAGGAGAGAGCCGACCGUGCUGCUAAACGAUAUGCAGAGAUUGGUGUGGCUGCCAAUGAGAUUCACCAGCUGUUGAAGGAGAACUGCACACUGUUCAACAUGGAUAGCAACUUGGAAGGCAAGCAGUGGCUGGACUAUGUCGUGUACGUGGACGGUAUUGUGGCAGAGGCGCUCUUGAAGACCAUUGGUUGCAGCCUGGGCUAUCUAGCGGAGCACAUGGACCCGACCAACAACUUUGCUCCGCUGUUUGAGGCCCACCUAGAGCUGAGGGAGCCUGACUUGGUGUUUGUUCCUCCUCUAGACUCUGACAACCCUGACAAUUUCUCCCACCUGGUCCAGGGUCUGAUUGACGCUAUCAUCAAGAUGGCCAAUCUCAUACCCAGGAUAGCCACACACUACGACUUCUCUGACUAUCAGCAUGACAUGGAGAAUAACAUUGACAUCAGUGACAUGAAGAAAGAUAUAAUGGAGAGUGUGAAAAGUGUCAUGGAAGAGGCUAACGAGUUCUGCAGUGGGUUUGAAGUGUAUUCAUACCUCUGGCUAGACGACCGUAUGAUGUACAUGCAGCAGUUCCUCAUGUACGGCAGACAGCUGAACAUUGAGGAGUUGGAGUUGUUGGCUGUAGGGGACGCCUGUGCUCCUGAAUCCACCCCUCCCAACAUGGAUAAGUUCAAAGAACAGAUCGACCAGUUUGAGAACCUGUAUUCUGAGGUGGAAGACCUAGACUCACUCCAGAUCUUCAGCUGUUGGUUCCAGGUAGACAUCAGCCCCUUCAAGCAAGCGCUGCUCAACACUGUACGCAAGUGGGGCCACAUGUUUAAACAACACCUCAUAGAACACGUCACAUCUAGCCUGUCAGAUCUGGCCGACUUCAUACACAAAGCUGACGAGGGACUACUGCAGCCUGUCGAGGAGGGAGAUUACGAGGGCCUGGUCAAUGUGAUGGGUUACCUCAUGAACGUGAAGGAGCGACAAGCCACGACUGACGACAUGUUUGAACCAAUCAGAAACACCAUCGAGCUGCUUAAACACUACGACCAGGAACUACCAGAGGAAGUGAACGUGUUGCUGCAGGAAUUGCCAGAGCAAUGGAACAACACCAAGAAGAUUGCAGUGGUUGUGAAACAACAGGUCGCUCCACUACAGGCCAGUGAAGUGUCUUCCAUUAGGAACAAGAUAGCUGCCUUUGAUGGAAGCCAGUCUGCCUACAGGGAGUACUUUAAAAAGGCUCCAUUCCUAAGAUAUGAUUGUAAAGAUCCAUACAAAAUGCUGGAUGACACAGAUCAAAUCAUUCACAACCACGAAGUUGAAAUGCAGAGGAUUCAAGAGAGUGCUUCACUGUUUGAAGUUAACGUUCCUGACUUUAAACAGCUGAAACAGUGCCGUAGAGAACUCAGGAUGCUGAAGCAACUUUGGGAUUACGUACACAUCGUCCAAACAAGUGUGGAAGAUUGGAAAACGACUCCAUGGAGACAAAUUGACGUUGAAAACAUGGACUUGGAAUGUAAAAAGUUUGCCAAAGAAAUACGAGCUCUGGAUAAGGAAAUGCGCACCUGGGAUGCGUAUAUCCAGCUGGAAGCUGCGGUCAAAAACAUGUUGACCUCUCUCAGAGCCGUCGGAGAACUUCAGAACCCAGCUAUCAGAGAGCGACACUGGCAACAGCUCAUGAAGUCCACAAAGGUGAAGUUCGUAAUGGACGAGGGAACAACGUUGAGCGACCUUCUGGCACUGAACCUGCACGAGUGUGAGGACGAGGUGAAGAACAUUGUAGACAAGGCAGUGAAGGAGAUGUCCAUGGAGAAGAUCCUGAGGGAGCUACACAGUACCUGGAGCACCAUGGAGUUCCAGCAAGAGUGUCACACACGAACCGGGAGCACACUACUCCGGGCCAGCGAGGAGUUGAUAGAGACUCUGGAGGAGAACCAGGUUCAACUACAAAACCUGAUCACGUCCAAGUUCAUCGCUCAUUUCCUGGAGGAAGUGUCUGCCUGGCAGUCCAAACUGAGCGUCGCUGAUCAAGUCAUUACCAUAUGGUUCGAGGUUCAACGGACCUGGGUGCAUCUAGAGUCAAUCUUCAUGAGCUCUGAAGACAUCCGCAGGAAGCUGCCUGAGGAUUCAGCCAGAUUUGACCGCAUUGACACAGAAUUCAAAGUUCUGAUGGAGGACAUGUCUAAAACCCCAAAUGUAGUUGAGGCAACAAACAAAACCGAUCUGGUCAAGGUUCUGGAAGAUCUACAGAAGGAGUUGACGCUUUGUGAAAAGGCUCUAGCAGAAUAUCUGGAGACUAAGAGAUUGGCUUUUCCAAGGUUCUACUUUGUAUCUUCAGCUGAUCUUCUGGAUAUACUGUCCAACGGGAACCAACCAGAGCUAGUCGCCAAGCACUUGACAAAGCUGUUUGAUUCUAUGGCUCGUCUCAAAUUCGUGCCAGGAGAGGUGGAGGGCACCAAGAGUGCGUUGGGGAUGCACGCUAAAGACGGAGAAUAUGUGGAGUUCAACCACGACUGCGAUUGUAGCGGACCUGUGGAAGUAUGGCUAAACAGGCUCCAAGAUGCCAUGAGAACUACAAUACGUCAUUACUUCGCUGAGGGAGUGGUAAGUUACGAGGAGAAACCCAGAGAACAAUGGCUCUUCGACUACCCAGCCCAAGUUUCUCUUUGCGGCACUCAGAUUUGGUGGACUACGGAGGUGAACAUUGCCUUCUCACGGUUGGAAGAGGGAUAUGAAAAUGCAAUCAAGGACUAUCAGAAAAAACAGAUAUACCAGUUGAGUACGCUGAUUUCCCUUCUCAUCGGAGAACUUACGCGGGGAGAUCGACAGAAGAUCAUGACGAUAUGUACAAUUGACGUACACUCACGGGACAUGGUCGCCAGACUGAUCCAAGCAAAGGUAGAGAACGCUCAAGCCUUCCAGUGGCAAUCGCAAUUGAGACACAGGUGGGACGAGCGUGAGAGGGACUGUUACGCCAACAUUUGCGACGCUCAGUUCCGCUACUGUCACGAGUACCUCGGCAACACACCGCGGCUCGUCAUUACGCCACUCACUGACAGAUGCUACAUCACGCUCACCCAGUCUCUUCAUCUGGUGAUGGGAGGAGGUCCUGCUGGUCCAGCUGGUACUGGCAAGACUGAGACUACCAAGGAUCUGGGCAGAGCGCUGGGCAUCAUGGUCUACGUGUUCAACUGCUCUGAACAGAUGGACUACAAGUCCUGUGGUAACAUAUACAAGGGACUUGCCCAGACUGGAGCUUGGGGCUGCUUUGAUGAGUUCAACAGAAUCUCCGUAGAGGUACUGUCUGUUGUGGCAGUCCAGGUCAAAUCUGUUCAAGACGCCAUACGAGACAAGAAGAGUCUGUUCAACUUCAUGGGAGAGAUGAUCGCAAUGGUGCCAACAGUGGGGAUCUUCAUAACAAUGAACCCUGGUUAUGCUGGCCGAACUGAGCUACCUGAGAAUCUUAAAGCUUUGUUCAGACCGUGUGCCAUGGUUGUGCCAGACUUUGAGUUGAUCUGUGAGAUCAUGUUGGUGGCCGAGGGUUUCCAGGAGGCUCGCGUCCUCGCAAGGAAGUUCAUCACUCUGUACACCUUGUGCAAGGAACUUCUCAGCAAACAAGACCACUACGACUGGGGAUUGAGAGCCAUCAAGUCUGUUUUGGUGGUCGCUGGUUCUCUCAAGAGAGGUGACCCCGGCCGGCCAGAAGAAGAGGUGCUUAUGCGAGCCCUCCGAGACUUCAACAUUCCGAAGAUCAUUACAGACGACGUGCCUGUUUUCAUGGGCCUCAUCGGAGACUUGUUCCCAGCUUUGGACGUGCCGAGGAAACGAGAUAUGGAGUUUGAGCGAACGGUGAAACAAGCUGCGAUGGACCUUCUAUUGCAACCUGAGGAUAACUUCAUCCUGAAGGUGGUUCAGCUGGAGGAGUUGCUGGAAGUGCGACACUCGGUGUUUGUGGUUGGUAACGCUGGCACUGGCAAGACCCAGGUGUGGAAGACGCUUCUCAAGACGUACCACAACAUGAAACGCAAACCUGUCUUCAACGACCUCAACCCAAAGGCCGUCACCAAUGACGAACUGUUCGGCAUCAUCAACCCCGCCACCAGGGAGUGGAAGGAUGGUUUAUUCUCUGUCAUCAUGAGAGAACAGGCCAACCUAAAUGGAGAUCAUCCUAAAUGGAUCAUUCUGGAUGGAGACAUUGAUCCCAUGUGGAUUGAAUCUCUCAACACCGUCAUGGAUGACAACAAGAUCCUAACUCUGGCCAGCAACGAGCGGAUCGCCCUCAACCCGUCGAUGAGGCUGUUGUUUGAGAUAUCUAACCUGCGCACAGCCACCCCGGCAACUGUCUCUCGUGCGGGCAUCCUUUACAUCAACCCGCAGGAUCUCGGCUGGAACCCCUAUGUUACCAGUUGGAUCGAGACAAGAGAGCACACAUCCGAGAAGUCAAACCUUGUCAUUCUGUUUGACAAGUACAUCCCAUCAUGUCUGGAGAAUGUUCGAACACGGUUCAAGAAGAUCACUCCCAUCGUAGAGAUGGCGCAUAUACAGAUGCUCUGUCAUCUUCUCAACUGUCUUCUCUCGCCCACCAACACCCCACUGGACUGUCCCAAGGAGUGGUACGAGUUGUACUUCUGCUUCGCCUGCGUUUGGGCCUUUGGAGCAGCUAUGUUUCAGGACCAGACGGUCGACCACCGAGUUGAGUUCACCAAAUGGUGGAUCAAUGAGUUCAAAUCCAUAAAGUUCCCACCGCAAGGCACUGUGUUCGACUACUACAUUGAUGUGGAGACGAAGCAGUUCCUGCCGUGGACAGAGCGACUGCCCAAGUUUGAACUGGACCCGGACAUGCCACUACAAGCUGUACUGGUCCACACGGCAGAGUCCAUAAGAGUCCGCUACUUUGUGGACCUCCUCAUGGACAACAAACACCCCGUGAUGUUGGUGGGUAACGCUGGCUGUGGCAAAACUGUUUUGGUCAAUGAGAAACUGACCAGCCUCUCUGAGAACUAUGCGGUCGCCAACGUUCCGUUCAACUUCUAUACCACAUCAGAAAUGCUACAAAAAAUAUUAGAAAGACCGCUGGAAAAGAAAGCUGGCAGGAACUACGGACCCCCUGGAAACAAAACCUUAGUGUACUUCAUUGACGAUAUGAACAUGCCCGAGGUUGACGCUUACGGCACCGUCCAGCCUCACACCCUCAUACGUCAACAUCUGGACUACAUGCACUGGUACGACCGCACCAAGUUGACACUCAAGGACAUACACAACUGUCAAUACGUGGCCUGCAUGAACCCUACAGCUGGCAGCUUCACUAUCAACCCGAGGCUGCAACGUCACUUCUGUGUCUUUGCUGUCAGCUUCCCCAACUCGGAGUCGCUGAGUAUGAUUUACUCGUCCAUUCUGAGUCAACAUUUCGCCAACGUGGAACAUCGUUUCCCCCACCUAGUAACAAGACUGUGUCCCAACGUGGUCGCAGCGACAAUCGCAGUUCACAACAAGGUUGCGCAAGUGUUCCUUCCUACAGCGAUCAAGUUCCACUACAUCUUCAACCUACGAGAUCUUUCAAAUGUCUUCCAGGGACUCCUGUUCAGUUCUAUGGACUGUCUCACUCAACCUACAGAUCUGGUUAGACUUUGGAUGCACGAGUCUCAAAGGGUAUACGGAGACAAGCUCACUGAUGAGAAAGACGCAGACGCCUUCAUGAAGAUCCAAAUAGACAUUGUCAAAAAGAGUUUUGAUGAGCUGGAUGAAGGUGCUGUGCUAGAGAGGCCCAACAUCUACUGCCACUUUGCCCAAGGUAUAGGAGAGCCCAAGUACAUGCCUAUCUAUGAGUGGCCAGUGCUCACCAGGCUACUACAAGAGGCCCUGGUCAGUUUCAAUGACCUUGUGGCCGCUAUGAACCUCGUGCUGUUUGAAGACGCCAUGAUGCAUGUUUGCAGGAUCAACCGAAUCCUCGAGUCUCCUCGUGGAAGUGCGCUGUUGGUUGGGGUAGGAGGUAGUGGCAAACAAUCGUUGGCUCGACUCGCAGCGUUCAUCUCCAGCUUGGAGGUGGCUCAGAUUCAGCUGAGGAAGGGCUACGGGAUAUUGGAUCUGAAGAUGGAACUGUCUGGGUUGUACCUGAAGGCAGGUCUGAAGAAUGUAGGCAUCAUGUUUCUAAUGACUGAUGCUCAAGUCCCCAGUGAAACAUUCCUUGUUCUCAUCAACGACCUCCUCGCUUCCGGAGAGGUUCCUGACCUCUUCCCCGAUGAUGAAGUGGAAAACAUCAUCUCCAGCGUUAGAAAUGAGGUGAAAGGAGCUGGUUUAGUAGACACCAGGGAGAACUGCUGGAAAUUCUUUAUCGACCGAGUCCGUCGCCAACUCAAGGUCGUGCUGUGUUUCUCCCCCGUUGGUUCUACUUUGAGGAUCCGAGCUCGUAAGUUCCCUGCUCUUGUAAACUCUACGUCCAUCAACUGGUUCCACGAGUGGCCACAAGAGGCGCUCAUAUCUGUCUCCAAGAAGUUUCUCCAAGGCCUGGAAGUUUUGCCGGAACAUUACCGAGAGUCGGUCGCCCGCUUCAUGUCCUACGUUCACAUCCAGGUUAACCAAACUUCCCGAGUUUACCUGCAGAGUGAACGGAGAUACAACUAUACAACCCCCAAGUCUUACUUGGAGCAGAUCUCAUUGUACUCCAAACUACUCCAGAUGAAGAGUGCGGAGUUGGCUAGUAAAGUGGAGCGGUUGGAGAACGGUCUGGAGAAACUCCGAAGUACAGCCGAGCAGGUUGACGAUCUCAAAGCAAAACUAGCUCUCCAAGAAGUGGAGCUGAAAAUCAAAAAUGAUGCAGCUGAUGCCCUCAUUGAAGUCGUCGGGAUUGAAACAGAAAAAGUAUCAAAAGAGAAAGCCAUCGCUGAUAGUGAGGAGCGCAAAGUAGCGAUGAUCGCUAAAGAAGUCACCAAGAAACAACAAGAUUGUGAGGAAGACUUGCUGAAAGCUGAGCCGGCCCUCAUAGCUGCACAGGAAGCCUUGAACACUUUGAACAAAGCCAACCUGACGGAGUUGAAGUCGUUUGGUUCACCGCCCGGAGCUGUCACCAACGUCACCGCUGCUGUCAUGGUGCUGCUGGCUCCCAACGGGAAAAUACCCAAGGAUCGCAGCUGGAAGGCAGCUAAGAUCGUGAUGGCCAAAGUUGACGCUUUCUUGGACGCUCUGGUCAACUACGAUAAGGAGAACAUCCAUCCUGAGAUCAUGAAGGCGAUCCAGCCUUACCUGAAGGAUUCGGAGUUUGAACCGGAGUUUGUACGGAGCAAGUCAGCGGCUGCUGCUGGUUUGUGUGCGUGGGUGAUCAACAUCAUCAAGUUCUACGAGGUUUACUGUGAUGUAGAACCGAAGCGGAAAGCUUUGGCUCAGGCAAAUGCUGAUCUGGCAGCAGCCCAAGACAAGUUGGCUGUGAUCAAACGGAAAGUUGCGAGUCUAGAAGAACAACUCGCAAGAUUGACUGCGGACUUUGAGAAAGCGACCUCGGAAAAGCUGAGGUGUCAAGAGGAAGCAGACGCAACCUCCAGAACUAUCCAGCUGGCCAAUAGGCUGGUGGGAGGACUGAGCUCGGAAAACGUCCGCUGGGCAGAGGCGGUCGCUAAUUUCAUGCAGCAAGGAACUACACUCCCUGGAGAUGUUCUUCUCAUCACAGCCUUCAUCUCUUAUGUUGGCUGCUUCACUAAACAGUUCCGACUUGAUCUGCUCAACAAACUGUGGCUGCCUUUCUUACGAACUCUAGAGCCUCCAGUUCCUAUCACUGAGGGCCUAGAUCCGUUGACUUUACUGACAGACGACGCUCAGAUUGCUAUCUGGAACAACGAGGGACUGCCUUCUGAUCGGAUGUCUACAGAAAACGCUACAAUCCUCUCCAACUCUGAUCGGUGGCCUCUCAUGAUAGAUCCUCAGUUGCAAGGAGUAAAAUGGAUCAAGCAGAAGUACGGGGAGGGUCUCGUAGUGAUCCGGCUGGGUCAGAGGGGAGCAAUGGAGACGUUGGAGAGUAGCUUGACCCAGGGGAAGACAGUUCUGUUGGAGAAUAUCGGAGAGAACUUGGACCCAGUGCUGGACCCGCUGCUAGGCCGCAACCUCAUCAAGAAGGGCCGGGCCAUCAAGAUGGGCGACAAGGAAGUGGAAUACAACCCCAACUUCCGUCUGAUCCUGCACACCAAACUGGCCAACCCACAUUACAAACCGGAGAUGCAGGCGCAGACGACGCUCAUCAACUUCACUGUCACACGAGAUGGACUGGAGGAUCAGCUGUUGGCUGAAGUCGUCAAGGCAGAACGACCUGAUCUUGAGGAGCUCAAGGCAGAGCUUACAAAACAACAAAACGAUUUCAAGAUCGCUCUGAAAACACUUGAGGACGAUUUGCUUUCUAGACUUUCAUCAGCUGGUGGCAACAUCCUCGGUGACACUGCGCUAGUAGAGAACCUAGAGACGACUAAACGUACUGCAGCGGAGAUCGAGCAGAAAGUCGCAGAGGCAAAAAUCACCUCAGCGAAGAUUGACGAGGCUCGAGAACAUUACAGACCUGCGGCAGCGAGAGCUUCCCUGUUGUACUUCAUACUCAACGACCUCAACACUAUCAACCCGAUCUACCAGUUCUCUCUAAAGGCAUUCUGUGUGGUAUUUCAAAAAGCUAUUGAUAAGGCAGAAGCGGCUGCAGAUGUUGAGACCAGAGUCCUGAACCUCAUAGACUGCAUCACAUAUUUUGUGUUUGUUUACACUACUCGAGGAUUGUUUGAAUGUGAUAAACUCAUCUUCUCAUCGCAGAUGGCUUUUCAGAUUCUGCUGAUGAACGAGGAGAUUCAGCCGCAGGAGUUAGACUUCCUGCUGAGGUUUCCGAUCACUCAGCACGUCAGCAGCCCUGUGGACUUUCUGUCCAACACAAGUUGGGGCGGAAUACGUAGUCUUUCCAGCAAGGAUGAGUUCCGAAAUCUGGACCGGGACAUUGAGAGCUCGUCCAAGAGGUGGAAGAAGUUUGUCGAGUCCGAGUGUCCUGAAAAAGAGAAGUUCCCGCAGGAGUGGAAGAACAAGACAGCUCUUCAGCGACUCUGUAUGAUGAGAGCUUUGCGGCCUGACAGGAUGACGUAUGCUGUCGCAGUGUUCAUUGAAGAGAAGCUGGGGGCAAAGUACGUUGAAGGUAGAAGUAUUGAAUUUGCCAAGUCCUUCCAGGAGUCUAGUCCUAGCACACCAGUGUUCUUCAUACUCUCUCCUGGAGUAGAUCCACUUAAGGACGUGGAGGCGCUUGGCAAGAAGCUAGGGUUCACCGCAGACACUGGUAACUUCCACAACGUGUCCCUGGGCCAAGGGCAGGAGGUGGUGGCUGAGGAGGCGAUGGACAUGUCCGCCACCAACGGCCACUGGGUCGUGCUGCAGAAUAUCCAUUUGGUGAAGAAGUGGCUCCCAGCGUUGGAGAAGAAGCUUGAAAACUUGGCAGAAACUGCUCACUCAGACUACCGAGUCUUCAUGAGUGCAGAGCCUGCCUCUACUCCUUCUGCUCAUAUUAUUCCUCAGGGCAUUCUGGAGUCGUCCAUCAAGAUUACCAAUGAGCCUCCCACGGGGAUGAUGGCCAAUCUACACAAAGCCUUGGACAACUUCGGCCAGGAGACGCUGGAGAUGUGCUCCAAGGAAGCUGAGUUCAAGGCCAUCUUGUUCUCUUUGUGUUAUUUCCACGCUGUGGUCGCGGAACGUCGCAAGUUCGGGCCGCAAGGCUGGAACAGGGUCUAUCCCUUCAAUGUUGGUGACUUGACCAUCAGUGUCAGUGUGCUGUACAACUAUCUGGAGGCCAACUCCAAGGUGCCGUGGGAAGAUCUGCGUUAUUUGUUCGGUGAGAUCAUGUACGGAGGCCACAUCACUGAUGACUGGGAUCGCCGAUUGUGCAACUCUUAUCUUGAAGAACUCAUGCAACCUGACCUGGUUGACGGUGAGUUGUUCCUGGCGCCAGGAUUUUCGGCUCCACCCAACACAGACUACCUAGGCUAUCACACAUACAUAGACGAGUGCAUGCCUCCUGAGAGUCCUUAUCUGUACGGUCUCCAUCCCAACGCUGAGAUCGGCUUUCUGACCACCACCUCGGAGAACCUGUUCCGCACUGUGUUUGAGAUGCAGCCGAGAGAAGCCGGAGCAUCUAGCGGAACUACUGUGACUCGGGAGGAUAAGGUAAAACAAAUAGUGGAUGAGAUUCUAGAAAAGCUACCUGAAGAGUUCAACAUGACCGAGAUCAUGGGGAAGGUGGAGGAACGAACUCCGUACGUGAUCGUCGCCUUUCAGGAAUGUCAGAGGAUGAACCAUCUGACAGGAGAGAUGAAGAGAUCCUUGAGAGAACUAGACCUGGGACUCAAGGGUGAGUUGACCAUCACGUCUGACAUGGAGGAUCUGGAGAAUGCUCUGUUCUUGGACCAAGUCCCCGUCAUCUGGACACAGAGAGCGUACCCGUCACUGCUCGGGCUCACCUCAUGGUUUGCCGAUCUCCUUCUACGACUGAGAGAGCUGGAGACUUGGUCUACGGACUUUGUUUUGCCAUCGUCUGUGUGGCUGGCUGGUUUUUUCAACCCGCAGUCCUUCCUCACGGCUAUCAUGCAGAGCACAGCCCGUAAAAACGAGCUGCCUCUGGAUAAAAUGUGUCUUCAGUGCGACGUCACGAAGAAGCAGAAAGAAGAUUUCUCGUCAGCCCCCAGAGAUGGAGCCUAUGUACACGGCCUGUACAUGGAGGGAGCUAGAUGGGACAUACAGCAAGGCGUCAUCCUAGACUCACGGCUCAAAGAGCUCUUUCCUCACAUGCCUGUCAUCAAUAUAAGAGCCAUAACUCAAGACAAGCAGGACAUGAGGAACAUGUACGAGUGUCCUGUGUACAAGACUCGGACUCGAGGUCCGACCUACGUCUGGACGUUCAACCUCAAAUCUAAAGACAAGCCGGCAAAGUGGACGCUAGCAGGAGUGGCGCUGUUACUGCAGAUAUAAGGGGUGGAACACUGUUUAUUUAUUUUUAUCUUUAGCAGCAACCAAGGAGUAAAACUUAGUUUUAAUUUUUUUCUUAGUCGUUGAGUUGUUAGUUACCAAAAAAAGGGUUUGUAAACGGAAGGUUCUGAGGCAAAAUUCAACCAACAAAUCAAAUAAGUAUUUGACAAGUUUUCAGAUAUCCAAUCAGCAAACAAUUUAGACCUAUGACAAGUUUCAAGAGUGAAAUAUUUACAAAAAUUAAAUGUUACAUCUGUAUACUUAAUUCUCAAGCUCUUUAGGCGAUAUUUGUUUUUAAGUAUGUCUAGCUGAGAGAAACUAGUCCUGACAGAAUAUUUUCAGUCGCUUUAAUCAAUUUAUUUACAAAUUUAAAAUGCUACUAUAUAAUAAGUUAAUUUACAUAAACUAAGUUGUUUAUUAUUUUAAGUGAGACAUAAAAUGAUAUAGAAGCUAUAAUUUAUCCUGUAAUACAGUAGACUCUCGCUCACCCCCUAACUAAUGUGGCGGACGUCCGGUCCUGAUUACGAUAAAUCCGGUUAUCGAGAGUUGAGCAAAUAAAUACAGUAAUGUAA